AUGAAAUUCGGCAGAUUUCUUCAAGAAAAUAAAACACGCUUACCCAAAACGUGGGCUGAUAAAUUCAUCCAUUAUGAUUCCCUCAAAAAGUUUCUAAAAUUCAAUGUUACGCCCAAUACUCUCUCGUUUGAUCUGACCCAACUUGCCUGGCAACCAAAUCUACCCAAUCAACCAUCAUUCGCUGAAACUGUGUCGAAACGUCUUGGUUUAUUACAAGUGAAUACUGCUAAAUUCAUUGAAUUGCUUGAUACAGAAGUGCAGAGAACAGCCGAUUUUUUUGAGGAACAGAGCUCACAAUUGUUCCGAGUAUAUGAUGCAGCGGUUGGAAAACCAGAAGGCCUAAAUCAGAAAGAUGCCGAUGAAUCACUGGAAGGUAUCGUUCAGUUGGAGAAUUUUGCAUUGUUGAAUUAUACGGGUAUUGUGAAGAUAUUGAAGAAGCACGAUCGACAUUCCGGAUUGAAUAUAAGCCAAGCAUACCUAUAUAGAGUCGCCUCUUUACCGUUUGUAAAGACGGGAGAUUUAUCUACUUUAAAAAAAACUUUAAUGGAUAAAUUCGCUGGAUCUGUUGUAGCAUCUAAUACAAUCCCGAACCUGUUCCAGCGAAAGUUUGUGCCAUCAAACGAUCAAAGUCUCUUCCCAUCAGUUGCACACCUUCCUCAUCAUAAGGUUGUUGUAUCAUUGACUGGAUCGCAUGGGACAGACAUUAUCGGAUGUGUAUUGGAAAGCAUGGCAAAAUACAAUGUUGAGAUUGAAGAUUUCAUGUUAUCCAGACUAUAUCACAAUGUUACGUUUGGCGUCUUGAUAGUUCUCCGUUCGAAUAGCGUUGAACUGUUUCGUGAUCUUGCUAAAUCUGCUCAAAAGUGGGAUGGUGUCCUUGCGUUUGACAUUCAUGACAAAGAACAAACGCUACCAAAUUCUAUGGAGGACGCCCCAUAUGAUGAUCGUAUGAAGUAUACUGCAACAGUGUUGAAUGAGAAUGGUCUGACUGCCCAGUUCCUUAAUGAGUGGACUAAAUUAUUACUUAGAGAAAAUAUAUCUAUUGAACGGUUGACGAGAUUGAAUAAGGGCAAAGUUUCGUGUGCAGACUAUAAACUUUCUGUGCCUAUAGGAGUUAACAUUGAUAAACUAAGACAGGAUUUGUUUGAGUUGAGCAUUAGUCAUGGAACGGACGUUGCUCUGCAACCACAUGACGUGUUCAGAAAACACAAAAGACUGGUGGUUUUCGAUAUGGAUUCAACACUCAUUCGCCAGGAAGUAAUCGAUGAAAUUGCAAGAAUUGCUGGUGUAGUAGAUGAAGUCGCUACCAUUACUAGCAGUGCAAUGAAUGGAGAGAUCGACUUUAAAGAAUCGUUGCGACGUCGCGUAGCUCUUUUAAAGGGAACACCGGUGGGAGUGUUGGACAUUGUCAGAGAUCGCUUACAAUUUACCGAGGGUGCGCAUAUGUUAUGUAGCGCAUUAAAGAAGAUUGGAUUUAAACUUGCUGUGAUCUCUGGUGGAUUUAUGCCGCUCGCCCAGUACGUUAAACACGAGUUAGGUUUAGACUACGCAUUUGCAAACCAGUUGAAGGUAUCUCAAGAUGGUCUGACACUUACGGGGGAAACUUUUGGACCGAUUGUUGAUGGUGAACGCAAAGCCGAGUUACUUGAAGUCAUUGCCCAAGCGGAAAAUGUAUCGCUUGAUCAGGUGAUUGCGGUUGGCGAUGGAGCGAACGAUCUUUGGAUGCUGGCAAGAGCGGGACUUGGAAUAGCAUUUAAUGCAAAACCAAGAGUCCAAGAACAGGCGAGAGCACGCAUAAAUCAGCGCAGUUUGAAGUAUGUCUUAUAUUUAUUAGGGUAUGCAGACGAAGAAUUGGAGCAAUUAGAUUCUCAGAGUAGAAGUGUGCGUAAGAAGAAAAGUUCUACUGAUAUGACUACUUGA